CAACUCUGUUUCUGUUUCUGCGAUUCAUUCAUUCGGUGCUCGAAUUAACGAUACUAAUGUUUAUGUUAUGCUUCCAUUUCCAUAAAGAAAAUGAAUCACCUCCUUUCUUCACCACUUUCAACAUUCAUUAUUAUUAUCUUUUUCCAUAAUAAUUAGAUACUGUAUUAUUUUAAUUUUGUCUUCCUUGUUUGUAACAUUUUUUGGGAUGUGUAAUUUUUUUCUUCUUUCUGUUUUGCCAAACAGUGAGAGUUAAGAAUGGGACGUAAGAGGAAGAAUCGAUCAAACAGUGCCACAGCUGGUAGCAUCCCUGAAGCCGCUCCAAGUGAGGCAAUUGAACCUUCUAGCAGUGCCCCACCCUUCUAUGUAGUUCCAUCCCGGGGCACUGAGCUUUGAUCCUAACAGAUGCUGCAAACUGCUAAAACCCCACAGUUCUAGGCUCUAGCCAAAUCCUAGUGAUUUGAUCAUGUAUUAUUCAAUUAGCUAUCAGGGGCUCUGAAAAUAGGGUACCUGUGCCAUUGGAUACUUCCAACAGUCAAGAAGUAAAGAAGGCUGUGGACAAAAAAUCCCUGUCUAUGCUGAACAAGCUAUAUUACUUUUGUACUCGUCGACCAAAGGCACAUGAGGAAUUGAGUGUCUUGGUUAGCAUGUUUGGCGUUUACUUAAACCGCAAGGAUGGCUAUACCAUGAAACCAAAAGGAUGGGUCAAUGAUAUGGUGAUUUUAGCUGCUGGAAAGAUAAUGAUGGAAGAGGAGAAGGCAACAAAUGGGGUUGUCACUCGUCAUAUGUUUAGCCCACAAUUUGUGAAUAAGGUGAUAUGCGAUUUAAAUCAAUCUAAUGAAGAUAGCUACAAGCCUUGGUGUAUUGAGGAUGUAUCUCUAUUCAUCUUGCCGAGUAAACUGGGUUAUGAUAUUAAUCAGUGCAAAUUGAUUUUUGCACCAACUUUGUUUGAGGAGCAUUGGUCUUGUUAUGCAUUUGAGCCCAAGGACAAAAUUUUGUAUGUGUUAGAUUCGAUGCAUGAUAAAUUCUCAACCAGAAAGAAGAACUUGGAUGAUGCAAUGAAACGUCGUUUUGAGGAGCUGCUGGUAUUGAUGAAUCCUGGUUUGACCAAAGAGAAUGCAUCAAUAACACUUCUUCGCGUUGAUGUUCCUAGGCAGCAAAACAUUCAUGAUUGUGGCAUCUAUGUGCUGAAAUACAUGGAAAUUUGGGAUGGAUCAAUAAAAUGGCAAGACAAAACCAUGCCUGAUUAUCAACGCAAAGAAAUCUUGAAGUUUCGGCAAAGCCUUAUAUGUGGAUGGGUUCAACAUCCUAAAAAUGAGGUUAGAGAAGAGCUUUUGAAGGCUGCAGGACUAUGGGGGAAAUUAUGCUGACUGACAUUGACUAUAUCAAGUUAACACGUCUACUAAGAGAUUUCGGUUAUACAUAGUUAAUUUUUUAAAAAAUGAAAUACAGUUUUAAUUCUUCAUCUGGGGCACCCAAACUUAAUAUGAAAAUGUAACACCUAGUUCACACUUUACUUGUAUCUUGGGCAUCCAAACUUUAAUGCCCUGUGUACUCCAACACGAAUAUACUAGUUUCUAUAAAGUUGUUACACAUUUUUCUCAGCUGGUUUGUAUGGGGUAAAUAUAAUAACUUCCUUCC